GCAUACUGGUACUCACCCACAUGGUUCUCAUCUCGAAUGUAAGGCAUUCAUGAUUCGGCAGUGAUGCAGUGAUGUUAUCACGAUCGCCGGGCCCUGGAAGCUCUCGGCCUUCUCGUAGCGUCGCGAGGCUUUUACGCAGUCAUAGGUAGUCGAGUCGACUUGGUGCGAAGAAGCAUUCCAGAGGACCAAUCACCAAAGCUUAGAAACGCAUUACCUUUUCAGUUACGAAGCGAGCCCGUUAUCAUUCUGUAGAGGAUUGCAUCGUCGAUUACCGGUCAAGGACGAUCCUAGAGUGCCGACAUAAGCGUUCGCGUUGUGGUGAAUCCUCGUACCGUUAACGAAAGCAAACAUGCGAGUGGCGAAAACGAUUAACUGCAUCUUCUGCGACAUCGCCAAGGGCGUCACUCGGCCCGGCCGAGAGCCCACCACGCUCCUUCACAAGAGCAGGAUGACUCGUUAGUAGCAUUCCCUGAUAUACGCCCGGCUGCUUUCAAGCACAUCCAAGUCAUCCCUGUCGAGCACAUACCAACAGUCAACGACUUAACCCCCUCUGAAUCGCACCGCCAACUCGUGGAGCACAUGCUUGCAGUGGGUCAGAAACUCUUGAGAGAGCAUGCACCAGACGCUAAGGAAUAUCACUUUGGCUUCCACCGCCCGCCGUUCAACAGCGUCGACCACCUGCACCUGCACUGCUUCGCCCUCCCUUUCAACUCGUGGUGGCAUCAGCAAAAGUACACCCCUCGUCACUUUAUUCCAUUCUUCAUGACACCAGAUGCUCUCUUAGAGCGGUUGGGAAAGCCAGCAGGAAUAGCCGAAUGACUUAGUACGACUCUUCUAGUCCAAGGGCCCAUCGGCAAAUACACAUUAAAUUAAUUCGUUCUAAGCUGCUCAUACCGUAAUUAUGCAACAUGCUCUCCGUUUUCAGUUAAUUUUCAUCUUGCUAGCACCUUC